CUUAGUUGGGAACGCUUCCUUGUUGGCGGACGGAUUUUAUGCUUGUACGCGCCUUUGUCAUAGGUCAGUAGUGGUUUAAUUCCAUCGUUGAAGACGUUUUAACUGUUACAUUCCAUGUUUGAUGGCAAACGAGCGGCUCAGAGCCCUGGAGGAGGUUGAGAAGGAGAUAGCGAUGGUCCUCCAAUGUGCUGGUAACAUAGUGUUAGAGCUUUCUAAAGACAAACACAAUGUCAGCCUGCUGGACAGACAGCUGGUCCAGUUCCAGAGCUCCGUCAACAGAGUGGAGAGUGAACUGAGUGGCCAAAUCCGCUACCUUACACAGGUGGCUACGGGUCAACCACAUGAAGGAUCCACAUAUUCAUCCAGGAAGGACUGCCAGAUGGCGCUCAACAGAGCCGAGUACGCCAAGGUCAAACUGGGAGAACUGGGCCGCACCUGUGAAGUCAUGCUGGAUCAGCAGCAGGCCUCUUAAAUGUGGACUUUUUUUUUUAAGUGAUCAAACUUUGGUCACAUUUGUGUGCUUCAUAUUUAUUUGUACAAACUUUUGAUUACAACAUCCAUUUCAAGAAAAUAACACGAUCUAUUUUCAUGAGUAAUGUGAAGUACAUGAAAUAUCUCAGGUAUGAUUUGUCACAAUACUGCACAAACAGUGGCCAUGUAAUGCCAGCAUUCUUGCAACUUUUAAGGAACACCUGAGCUAGUCAGUGACUUCAAUGAAGUGGGCCAGUAAGUCUCUGAAAUGACCUCACCAGUGUGGGUGUUGACAAUUAAAACACACAGGACUCAGGUUACAAAAGUACAGAGAUGGUGGAAUGACAAGGAUGAGAGUAUAGAAUAAAAUUGACAUACACUACUGACAAACAUAAUUCAAGAUGAACCUAAAAUGCACUACAGUAUAAUCAUCACAGGUGGACUUCAUUUGAUCUUCUCUAAACGUUUGAACGCACAUGUCUAUUGAAUGUUUCACUACUUUUUGCACAACUUGCUUCUUCUCCAACAAGGAGCUGAAUGACAAAAUUCACACAGGUGUGUGAUCCACGAAUCAACCAAUAAAUGUCCUGGUUCAAUUUGAA